AUGCCGGACACGCUUGCCAAAGACGACCUCAUCGACUUUCUCCAACAGCCUCUCGUUAAGUCACUUCUUGCCAUCCAUCCGAAUGAUAUCCUUGCGUCUGAAGAAUUUCGGUGCCCGGAUACUUGGAAGCCCUGGUGGACCUGGGCAGCUGCGCUCUCUCCUGAUGGAGAGCCCCCUUGGAUCUCCUUGCUGCACGUAGCGCGCGAUCACAGCGAAUCCUCCCUCGACGAAGAACAUAAGAUCUCCGCAUAUAUUCCAUCAGCACUCUCAGACUUGGUGAAUGCUGCGACACAUCUGCAGUUAAACCGUACUCCAGUGAACUGGUCGGCGCAAAAUAAAGAUUCCAUCUCGGUGACAGCUUCGAAUGAUACUCUUCAUUCGUCCCAUCCAACCGGUCCUUCAUCACGCCAAGUGGCGUGGACCCAGAUGUCUGUCCAUCGACUGUCACCACUAUCAGACAAUGCGAAUGUCAAACGCGUUCCUUCUGGCAUGUCGCCCAAAAAGGCUCAUGAGGUUUCUCGAAUGAGCAGCUAUAUCUAUCACCUUGUCUCUUCGUCACCCGCGCUUGGAGGCGUAAAACACGUCGUAGAUGUUGGUGCAGGUCAAGGGUAUCUCUCGCGUGCUCUACGUGACCUUGGAUUUCACGUACUUGCUCUCGACGGCAGCGUCAUACAGACGUCAGGUGCCGAGCAACGGCUGACAAAAGAGCAAGCGAAAGGCGUCAAAAGACAGUGGAGCGAACAGGAAGCAUCCCCGACGUCGUCCGUGACGGAUAUCUAUUCACUUGAGGCUGGGUCUCUUACUCACAAGACCGUCUUCAUCACCGCUGAAACGCUUCAGCACUCUGUUACCGCAUGGCUCUGUGAACCGAACAACGGCUCGCCUGAUAAACGCCUAGAGCCCGUUCCAGUCCUGAUCGUGGCGCUCCAUGCCUGCGGAACCUUGACCCCAGACAUAUUCCGUACAUUCCUCGCGCUUCAUAGGAAAUGCGACAUUCAGGGUACAAUUAUCUGGGCUCCAAGAGCGGCUGUGGUGGUGGGGUGCUGCUAUAAUUUGAUGUCUAUAGAAUCCGAUUUUCCCCUCUCCCGCGCAUUCAGCCACUGCCCGCCCCUCACGUCAUCGCAUCUCCAACUCGCCACCCAGACGCCGGCUCACUGGCUGGACAGCCCCGCCUCUCAUGCUUCUGCCAAACUCGCGGUGAGAAAGGUGGCGUUCCGCGCACUGCUCGAGGCAUAUCUUCCGCCUACGCGAAACACGGACAUCGUCGAUGAGCCCACAACAAAUGCUACAGACGGGACGGGACGUAAAGAGCGAACUGAAGUGCCGAAAAAACGCCUCGGUCGUCUCCCGGACAGCGCCUAUGCUUCGUUCUCACACUUCCUUUCGCGUGCCUCUGAGAGGAUGGGAGUAGGGAUUGAUCUCGCGACUUCACCUUUUCGCGACAGAAUACAGGCUUUUGAAGGCACUUCACCGCACGAGUCUUUCCAGCUUGAAGGUGUGGAACGUCAACUCGAAGUCCUACAUGUUCUUCGAUGCAUUAUUGGCCCAUGCGUCGAAAGCUUAAUUCUUAUGGACAGAGUUCAGUGGCUUCAAGAGGGUCUCCAAAAGGACACGACGGAAGUUAAAGCCCGGUGGGAUGUCCAAAUGGUCGGGUUGUUCGAUCAGGCCGCUGGGAGUGCAAGAAACUUCGCCCUAGCGGUGACUCCAGAUGAGGAGAAUAUGCGCACGAUAUGA